AUGAGUAAUGCUCAUGAACUGAAGAUCUCAAGGAGCUCGGGGGCGGCGCCCGAGCCCGACGCCGGGGCGCCGGCGCGCGGGCCGGGCUGCGACGUGAGCCGACCGGGCCGCGACCCGGCCCGACCGCCGCUGCCGCGCGCGCGCUGGGCGCCGCCGCGCCGCCCGCUCGACCUGUCGCUGCCGCAGCACGAGGAGCUUGCCACGCGCGCGGAGGCCGCGCUGCGCCGCCUGCUCGCCACCGACAACUACGACUCCGUCAGCAACUUCAUCUCGCUGUACGAGGCCUUCGAGCGCGGCGGCGCCCCGCUCUACGAGGUGUACGAGCGGUACGCGCCGCCCAUCCGCGCGCGCAAGCACACCUGCGUGGGGCUGGGGCUGGAGCUCAUGCGGCGCUGGCGGGACCUGGAGCCAGACUUCAGCGGCGUCAACCGCGCCACUGCGCUGCUGUCCUGUGAGGAGGCCGUCGUGGACGUGCGCGAGUACGUGACCAGCGGGGAGAGCCCGGCCGCCGUGGAGUCCGCGGAGAAGGAGCACGUCAUGGCGGGCAUCCAGAUCCGCGUGGACGGGCGGCCCGGCGUCAUGCUGGCCGACCCCGGCUACCACGUGCCGCGCGUCGUUACCGUCAUGCAGGACCGGAACUAUCCACACACCGGUUGGUUCGUGCAGUCGGACGAGCCACAAUGCCGCAAAGAGUAUGACUACACGUUCAGCGUGCUCAACCCGGGGUACAUAGAGUGGCACGAGCGGGAGACCCGGGGCGAGGCCGUCAAGAACCAGACGUCGCUGGUGUACGCGGCGCGGCCCUACCUCGACGGCGUCAACGUCACCGAGAGGAGGAACCUCGUCUACAACUUUAGGAGUCUCCUAUCUCGUGACCAGAAGGGCCACCUGAUAGCCGGCCUGUACUUCCCCGUGGGGUCCCGCGGCAAGGACGCGCAGUUCACACUCUUCCUAAACAACGGACCUGACAAGAGGAAGACUAAGUACAAGUUCAGCACUUUCGUUGAUCCACAAAAUAUUCCUGAACCAAUAACCGAAGAGAUUGAGUUAUGCAAUGCAAAGAUGAACUACAAGCAAGGAGAACUUCUCGAGAUCAUUUGCAAGUUAGCAGAGAUUAUGGCUAACCAGCCCUUCAUAGACCAAAUGCUUGAGAUCAACGAAGACAUCUGCCGCAUGUGUCUCUGACAUCAGGAUGGCGUCCCGAAAAUGGCGGACGCCCCUAAUACCAAUAUGGCUGACACAACCUCAAAAGCUUAACUUUAUAUCCAUUUAUUUGUAAUUCUCAUUGAUAUUAUUGUUACUGAAAUUAUGUAUUAUGGGGUAAAGGUUUUUUUUUUAAUUUUCGUAGUUUUAGUAUAUUACUUCUAUACAUUAUUACGUUUAAAUUAAUAUUUUUUAUUACCCGACUACGUUAGGAGGGUAAUGUUUUUGGAAUUGGGUUAUUGGAUCAUAUUGCUUAUCCUUCAUAAUAAAUUUAUUAUUUCAA